UUGUGCUCAGUAAGAGCUGCUGAGCUGCAGUCUGAGGUUCUGACUCACUGCAUCAGCUGGUGUCUAACAGGAAUGCUCCUCACCUGGGAUACAAAUUACCUUAUUUGUAGCCAAGACACACUGCUACUUAUUCCUCCUCUUUCACCUUAAAGCACGUCGUUUAUAUAACCGUCUGAAAGAGGAACAGCAAACAUGUUCUACACCUGUGGUCCCAACGAGGCUAUGGUGGUGUCAGGGUUUUGUCGUUCUCCUCCGCUGAUGAUACCCGGAGGCCGAGUGUUCGUCGUCCCGUGCAUCCAGCAGAUACAGAGGAUCUCCCUGAACACUCUGACCCUGAAUGUGAAGAGCGAUAAAGUCUACACCCGCCACGGAGUGCCCAUCUCUGUCACCGGGAUAGCCCAGAUGAAGAUCCAGGGUCAGAAUAAACAGAUGCUGGCGGCAGCCUGCCAGAUGUUCAUGGGAAAGUCAGAGCCCGAGAUCGCUCACAUCGCCUUGGAGACGCUGGAGGGACACCAGCGGGCCAUCAUCGCCCACCUCACUGUUGAGGAGAUCUACAAGGACCGAAAGAAGUUCUCAGAGCAGGUUUUUAAGGUGGCCUCCUCUGACCUGGUCAAUAUGGGCAUCAGCGUGGUCAGCUACACGCUCAAAGAUGUUCACGACGACCAGGAUUAUCUGCAUUCUCUGGGGAAGGCUCGGACGGCCCAGGUUCAGAAAGACGCUCGCAUUGGAGAGGCCAAGAACAAAAGAGAUGCUGUGAUCAGGGAGGCCCAUGCCAUGCAGGAGAAAGUCUCGGCUCAGUACAAGAACGAGAUCGACAUGGCGAAGGCCCAGAGGGACUAUGAGCUGAAGAAGGCAGCCUACGACAUCGAGGUCAACACUAAGAAGGCUGAGUCCGAGAUGGCCUACCAGCUGCAGGUAGCGAAGACGAAGCAACGCAUCGAGGAGGAGAAGAUGCAGAUCCAGGUGGUCGAGCGGACGCAGCUGAUCACGCUGCAGGAGCAGGAGAUCACCCGCAGGGAGAAGGAGCUGGAGGCCAAGGUGAAGAAACCUGCAGAGGCUGAGAGGUACCGCCUGGAGAAACUGGCUGAGGCUCAGCGUCUGAAGUUGAUCAUGGAGGCGGAGGCCGAUGCCGAGUCCAUCAGGGUGAAAGGUGAGGCCGAGGCGUUUGCUGUGGAGGCCAAGGGUCGCGCUGAGGCAGAGCAGAUGGCGAAGAAGGCGGAGGCCUUCGAGCAGUACAAGGAUGGAGCCAUGGUGGACAUGCUGCUGGAGAAACUGCCUCUGAUGGCAGAAGAGAUCAGCAAGCCUCUGUGUGAAGCCAACAAGGUGACCAUGGUGUCCAGCGGAGGCGGGGAGGUGGGCGCAGCCAAACUGUCAGGAGAGGUGCUGGACAUCAUGGUCCGCCUCCCCGCGGCUGUGGAGAAACUGACCGGAGUCAACAUCUCCCAGGUGACCUCUUGUACAGGCUGAAGUGAAUCAACCAGUCUGGUGACCAGGCAGAUCCACCCCACCUCCAUCCCGUCUUAUCAGCUGCCUGGACUCACUAACACUAACACAGCCUCUCUCCUCCCGUUCCCCCUCAUGUAGCUGUCGACGUGUUGCUGUGAUGUGAGAAUGGCAUACACACUCUUCUUCUGUUCUUGUUCGUCUGUCGGUCCCUGAUACCCGGGUCUAUCUGGGCUAAAGUAUUGUUCUCAUCUGGCUACAGUUACAGUUGUAAUUUGUUUUUAUAUUGUCCUCCGGUACUGCAUUGCAUUCAGCAUAUAAACGCAAAGCAUUCAAAUGGUUCCCACAUAUUUUAUUUUCAAAUUCUGGGCCUGUUACUUAAUUUACAUCGGCUUGACCAGAUUUUACAAAGCAUCGAAACAAACAACAAACGUAACAGUAGCCUCCGUGUACUUUUUAAACCUUUGUUUUAAACUUCAUCUUAACAGUCUCAUGUCCUUUACCUACCGUCUUCGUCUCUUCAGUAUGUCACAUUGUGUGUGUCUGCGUCACACGGAUGAGAAUGUCUCUAUUUGUCUCGUCGUGUCUGUGUCUACCUUUGAAUGUCUCCUCCAUAACUGCCUGUCCACUGCCUUGCUGCCAAACCUUAAGUGCAUCUUAACAUGAACGUUUAACACAAACACGCAUUCAAAACCUUCGUUUACUAAUGCUACUGGCAUUACAUCAUCAUUACAGCCGGUGGUUUUAGCCAUCAGUCAUGUCUCACCGUGGGAUCCUGACAGAAUACAUAUUUAAUGUAUCAUUAGAGCAGGGGUCAGCAACCUUUACUAUCAAAAGAGACAUUUUAGGCAAA